AUGGAGUUUGUGCCUUUGCACGGCACGGUGAGCACUGUGAAAGAAGACAGAGGCUUUGGUUUUAUAGAAGUCGAAGGCCGUUCGCGGGAUCUCUACUUUAAGCUGCACUCGCUCGUGCAUGGCCUCGUUCCCGCACGAGGGGAUCGCGUGAAGGUCUUCACCCGAGCGGAUCGAAAAGGCGACGAAUACGUCUACCGCGUGGAGCUGACGCAGUUGGCGUCGAAACGGUCCCGAUGGCGAGAAGCCCUACGGAUCAUGGACGACUGGAGGCAAAAGAUGCAGUCUGACUCCACCAGUCAAAAUGCAUUGCUGGAGGCCAGCUCCUGCCUGGCCGUGUGGCGUGCGGUCUCGGAGCUCUUGACCAAAGCGAUGCAUCCGCAGUGGGAUGCCUUGGCGCCCGAGCAGCCCGAGGCGACGGAGAAAGAGGAGGUGAAGGGGGCAGAUGCGAUGGAGGUUGACGCAACGGCAACCCCCUCAACAUCACGAAGUGUGAAGCGCCACGAACUGGUUUUCAGGAAGUUUGCCGAGGAGGUGAUGCGGCAGAAUGAAGAUUUGCGACCUCGUCUUCCAUCCAAGCGAUGCCAGAUGUCCGUGGGCCAGGUGUUUUUUACUCACGGCGAGGUGAGCCCGCAGUUCCGCAACGGAGACACCUUGACGCAGCUGGUCUCUGACCUGCGGCGCGGCCGUGUGCUGCCCUCGCAGGACGACCGCUUGCGGCUGGAGGUCUUCCGGCUGAAGCAGCGCGUGCGCUCGGUGAACAAUCGGCGCUUGUGGGUGCUGAAGGAGUUUCAGAAAGAGCACAGCGAAAGUACAGUGGAAGUGUGCGUGAACAUCCAUCCCCUUUGCAAGGGCACUGCCAAGUUCAUAGCGGAUCUGUGCGAGUGUACGCCUGUCUCAUCGGAAGUGGCCGCACACCCUGACACUCUGGCGGCCCAAGCGACUCUGAAGGACAUUGCAGCGGAGCGGAACUGCAGCAACGCUCCGCCGUGGGCGUUGGAAGAUCGAGCCGAACUGCGAAGCCAUGUCGCAGUGGAUGAGCUCCAAUUUGCUGGGCAGAGAGCUGGAAGCGUCGCGCAGAGAAAGCGUCGCAGAGAGCUGGAAGACUUUGAGUUGCUUGCUUUCUUCAGGAUCGGGGCUUGGCUGAAGGCUAUCGUACUGGGCAGAAGACCCUGGACGUGGUGGAGUUCCAAGAUGGCUUGUACAUCGCGGAUCGAAAGCUUGGUCAAGCAUUACACGCUGUGCAACUGGAGCAGAAAGAGCGCUUCUGUGUGA